AUGAACGCUGAAUUAGAAACAAGCCACAAUUAUAAUACUUCAAGAUGUUUGUGGCUAAAACAGGCUCUCGCUUUCCUGCUGGGGUCCUGCACUUCCCUGGCGCUGGGGCAUCUCGACCUGCCGGCUCCACUGCCCCUGGUGAUCUGGCAUGGGAUGGGAGACAGCUGUUGUAAUCCCUUAAGCACGGGCACUAUUAAACAAAUGGUCGAGAAGAAAAUACCUGGAAUUUACGUCUUAUCUUUACAGAUUGGGAAGAUCCUGGUACAGGAUGUGGAGAACAGCUUUUUUUUGAAUGUUAACUCCCAAGUAAAAAUGGUGUGUCAGAUUCUUGCUAAGGAUCCUAAAUUGCAGCAAGGCUACAAUGCUAUGGGAUUCUCCCAGGGAGGCCAAUUUCUGAGGGCAGUGGCUCAGAGAUGCUCAUCACCUCCUAUGAUCAAUCUCAUCUCAGUUGGGGGACAACGUCAAGGUGUUUUUGAACUCUCUCAGUGCCCAGGAGAGAGCUCUCACAUCUGUGACUUGAUCAGGAAAACACUGAAUGCUGGAGCUUACAAUAAAGCUUUACAAGAAUGCCUGGUGCAAGCAGAAUAUUGGCACGACCCCAUAAAGGAGGACAGCAACCACAGCAUCUUCUUGGCAGAUAUUAAUCAGGAGAGAGGUGUCAAUGAGUCCUACAAGAAAAACCUGAUGGCCCUGAAGAAGUUUGUGGUGGUGAAAUUCCUCAAUGAUUCCAUUGUGGACCCCGUGGAUUCUGAGUGGUUUGGAUUUUACAGAAGUGGCCAAGCCAAGGAAACCAUUCCCUUACAGGAGAGCACCCUGUACACACAGGACUGCCUGGGGCUAAAGGCAAUGGACAACGCAGGACAGCUGGUGUUCCUGGCUCUCGAAGGGGACCAUCUUCAACUGUCUGAAGCAUGGUUUUAUGCCCACAUCAUACCCUUCCUUGAGUGAAACCCUUGUAGUUUGCACCAGAGCUCAGGGAACCCCUCACACUUCCAAACCAGUUCCCUCCAUGCCCAAGCCUGAGCUCAGAUCCAGCUAGCAACUAAUCCUUCUCUCGUCACCAUCUAACAUGCCCUGCUUGGAAAGAUCCAAGAUUGGAAUCUUAUACUUUGCCUCAUCCUAUCAGCAUAUGGUGUUGAAUGCAAGUUUAAUUAGCUAAUAACCAUGGAGAUUGUUUUACAACCCUUUGAUGUGGUCAGACUGUUUUAGGAAUUAGGAGUUUGCUGCAGGUCAGUGGCAGAACUGUGCCCAGGUCUAGAAGAGACUGAACAAACUAAACCAAUGAGAUAGAGUCUAAGGCAGAUGCCUUUCUCAGGAAAAUCUAGCCACAUCUCAAACCAAGAGGCCAGUACCCAGGCCUGAGGUAUUCACAUAAAUGCUUUCUCAGUUGUGCUGGUGGAGAUUUGACCAGUGCUUGGAAAAGUAUUGCUUGGAUGAUAUGUCCACAUUAUUUCUUGAGGCUGUCCUCCUCUCUUUGAGUGUGCUGCUUUCUGUGGUGUCUUAGCUAUUAUUAGACAAAUUCCGGCAGCCCACCAUCUUGCCUUGGUAGCACUUUUUUUUGUCUCCUCAGGUAGUGAUG